AGAGAGAUGACUCGCUAACUAUACGCCACGCUUUCUUCUUCUAUUUACAAACCAUGCCAUCCCGCCCCGAACCUCCGCCACCACAACACCCCCGCACCAACCGCCACCUCCUCAUCCCUCUCCUCACCGUAGCCCUAACCGUCACUUUCCUCUCCGUCCUCGUCUUCAUUGUCUUCCUCUACCGCAAGCUCUCCCGCAGCCGUACGACGCCGUUCGACCACCAAAACAGCAGCACCACCGCCGUCAGCGCCGCCGUUGAGGCCGCCGUCGAUAUUAACGAUAAUGGAAUUAGAAGUAGCAGCCAGAAGCAGCAGCGGAAGUUCUCGUACUCUCUGUUACGGCGCGCCACCGGCUCGUUCACGGCGUCGAACCGGCUCGGCCACGGCGGGUUCGGGUCGGUGUACAAGGCCACGCUUCCUUCCGGCGAAUCGCUCGCCGUGAAAGUGAUGGACUCUGAGGGUUCCUUACAAGGUGAGCGUGAGUUUCACAACGAGCUCUCUCUGGCUUUGAACCUCAGCCAUCCACACAUACUAUCUCUGCUCGGCUUCUCCACCGACCGCCGUGGCCGGAACCUCUGCUUAGUCUACGAGCUCAUGCCGAAUCGGAGCCUACAGGAGGCUCUGCUGGACCGGAAGUGCCCGGAGCUCAUGGCGUGGAAGAAGCGGUUCAGUGUGGUUCUGGAUGUGGCCAGAGGACUGGAGUAUCUGCACGACGACUGUGACCCGCCGGUGAUCCACGGCGACGUGAAGCCGAGCAAUGUGCUUCUCGAUUCCGAUUUCAACGCCAAGAUUGGGGAUUUCGGGCUGGCGAGGCUGAAGACGGAGGCGGAGUUCGAUCAGGGAGAUCAGGUGGUGGCGGUGGAGGAAGGUGAUGAGGGAGAGACUGAGAAAAAAGAGAUUCUUGAGGCGGCGGCGGUUGGGGAGGAUAACGGUUCGAUUUUGGAGGAGGAGAGCAUGAGUAUGAGUGUGGUGACUGGUGGAUUGGAUGAGGGAAGGUCACCGGAUUGUUGUGUGGUGAGGAUUUCGGAUUCGGAGGCGUCGCCGGUGGUGGUAGCGGCGGGGUUCGAUAAGUUUAGUGUUGACAGUGAGAAGGAGUUGGCUAGUAGCGGGAAGAGGGUUAAGGGAAGCUCAGGGAGGGAUUGGUGGUGGAAGCAGGACAAUGUGGGAGGAGUAGGGUCUGAGUCUGGGAGGGUUAAGGAUUAUGUGAUGGAGUGGAUUGGGAGUGAGAUUAAGAAGGAGCGGCCGAAGAGCGAAUGGGUAGCUUCUCCGAGCUGCAAUGGUGAGCCGAAGAAGAGGAGGAAGAAGUUGGAUUGGUGGGUGUCACUGGAUGAAGAAAAGAGUAAGAAGAAGGAGAAGGCUAGGAAGCCGAGGGAGUGGUGGAAGGAGGAGUUUUGCGAGGAGCUUAGUAAGAAGAAGAAGAAGAAAAAGAGGGGUUUUGAUUCGGGUUGCGGUGGAGAGUUGUGGUGGCAGAAGGACGAGGAGGAUUUGGGGUCGGAGAGGAAGAAGAGGAAGAGUAAGAGCAAGAGUAGUAGAGGCAGCAUUGAUUGGUGGUUGGACGGAUUUGGGAGUGAGCUUAGAAGUGGGAGGAGGAAUAGCCAAGACUGGGGUAGUUGCGGCGGUGAUAUACCGAAGAGUGGUGGCAUUAGUAGCACACCGAGCAUGAGAGGCACAGUUUGUUAUGUUGCCCCUGAAUAUGGAGGUGGAGGGCAGCUCUCUGAGAAAUGUGAUGUGUAUAGCUUCGGCGUUUUGGUUUUGGUGCUGAUUUCAGGGCGGAGGCCGCUGCAAGUAACAGCCUCCCCAAUGUCGGAAUUCGAGAGGGCUAAUCUAAUAUCAUGGGCACGGCAACUUGCUCGAAAUGGGAAGCUAUUGGACCUUGUAGACCAGUCUAUACAUUCUUUGGACAGGGAAGAGGCAUUGCUCUGUAUCACCAUUGCAUUGCUAUGUCUGCAAAGAGCACCAGGCAAACGGCCAACCAUGAAGGAAAUUGUAGGGAUGCUAACGGGUGAAGGCGAGCCGCCCCAUUUGCCCUUCGAGUUCUCACCGUCACCGCCUUCCAAUUUUCCGUUCAAGUCCCGGAAAAAGGCUCGGUGAGUUCAUUCAUUAUGGGAUUCCAUUGACUGUUAGAGUGUACUUUUGUAGGUCCUUUCUAAUUAUGAUGCUGUGUAGGAAUUUCUUGCUUAAAAGUAAAGAAAGCUGCAUAAUUUUCAUGAAUUCAGGUCUCUUAUUUUUCG